UCGAGGGGUAUAGGUAUAUACACCUCCCCGUCCGCGGUCCAGCCUAGAGUUCCGGCAAAAUCCCCAAUCCCGCAGAGCACGUUCCCUCCGCCCCUCGUUUCCCCACCCACCAGCCUAGGGUUCCGGCGAGAUGAAGCAGCAGGAUGGAGCUAGCCCCGCCAAGAUGUUCAUCGGCGGGCUCUCCAGGCAGACAAGCAUGGAUACGUUCAAAGAGUACUUUGGGAAGUACGGGGAGAUAAUUGAUGCGGUAAUAAUGAAGGACCGCCAUACCCAAAAGCCCAGAGGCUUUGGAUUUAUUACCUAUUCAGAUCCUGCUAUUGUUGACAGAGUGAUUGAAGAUAACCAUGUCAUCGAUGGCAAGCAGGUCGAAAUUAAAAGGACUAUCCCGAAGGGUGCUGCCCCCCUGAAAGAUUUCAAGACAAAGAAGAUUUUUGUUGGCGGAUUGCCUACUGCUCUAACAGAUGGUGAAUUCAAGGACUUCUUUUCAAAGUUUGGAAAGGUGGUGGAACAUGAGAUCAUCUGUGAUCAUUCGACCAACCGGUCACGAGGAUUUGGAUUUAUAGUGUUUGAUGCAGAAAAAACUGUAGAUGAUUUGUUAGCUAAGAAAGGCAAUAAGAUUGAUCUAAAUGGUACUCAGGUGGAGAUCAAGAAGGCAGAACCAAAGAAACCCUCUAACCCACCUCAUUCACUUGAUAGCAAACCUAGGAGAUCUCCUUAUGCAGAUGGUUAUGAUGGAUUUGCCAGCCGUUACAACAAUGGUGGUCGCUUUGCCCCCUAUAAAUCACCUGGUUUUGGCGCUAGGCCUGGCAGCUACAGUAGUGCUUAUGUUCCUGGCAGCUACAGUAGUGCUUAUGUUCCUGGCAGCUACAGUAGUGCUUAUCCUGGUGACUAUAGUAGCGGCUAUGGUGGUUAUGAUGGAGCAUUUGGAGGUCAUCAUGGAGAAUCGUCGCUCUACUCCAGUCGUUUUGGUGGCAGUUAUGGUGGUGGUUUAGGUGGUGCAUAUGGGCGUGAUGCUGUGCCUUAUGGUGGUGGUUUAGGUGGUGCAUAUGGGCGUGAUGCUGUGCCUUAUGGCACGUCUAGCUAUGGGCCUAGUUAUGACUCUUCAGGUGCCAGUGCCGAUCCUAGUGUUAGGUCUGGCGUGGGUGGACUCUAUGGUGCUAGGGGAGGCUAUGGUAGCAGCAGUGGUGGUGGUGCUACUGGUCGCUACCAUCCAUAUGCAGGGUAAGCCUGUGGAUGGUCAAUGCUAGAUGAGAACUUAAGAGAUAUCACCUGCAGCUAGAAGAGCCUUGUGAUCUGCUUAGUUUGCUACUCCAUGGUUGUAGAACUUAAAGACGUUGUUUAGUGUUUGAAAUUUAAACAUACUGAAGACUUGUGCAUGUUUCUUAGAUGCCAUGUUCCAUGUGAAAUAGCUUGCUAUAUC